AUGGCUCCGAACCAGCGCCAGCGCGAGGCCGUCGAGCCGGCGCCGGUACCAGCCACGCGCCCAUCGCCGGCCAAGAGGGCGCGCCGCUAUCGGAUCAAGCAGACCUCGGCGGCGCCGUUGAUCGCGACGCAAUCGCUGCUGACCGUCGAGCCGCUCGCGUCUUUGAUGCUACCCUGUCUGCGCCAGCGGGAUGGCGUCGCGCCGCCUGCAUCACUUCCGCUUCGAGUUGCGAGCCCACCGCCGGCAAAGCGCCGUGCACUGCUGCCCGAGGCCGCACCGGCCGUGCCCGUGCAGUGGUCGCCGCCCAAGUUUGGCCACCUGUCCAAGAACGUCUACUUGAUCAAGAAAGCCGCGUCCGUCGAACGCCACGCCAACAAGUGCGCGUGCGCUGCUGGCGCGACGUCCAAGGUCGGCAGCUCGUCGCGGCCGAUCGAAGCGCCUCGUAAGAAGGUCAAGAAGGCAUCGCCCGCACAUGCUUCAACCUACUGCGGGGACGCAUGCCACAACAAGAUGCUGUACAUUGAGUGCUGCGACCAGACCUGCUCGGCGCCCGACCCCGACCUGUGCAUGAACCGCCCGUUCCAGCACCGCCACUCCAAAGCGACGCGGGUGCAGUACAUGGCAGCCAAAGGGUUUGGGCUCGUGGCCGACGAAGCCAUGGACGCCCAAGACUUCAUCCUCGAGUACGUUGGCGAGGUCAUUGACGCCGCGAUGGUCAAGGAGCGCAUGGCGGCGGCGAGUGCCAACCGCGAGACCCACAACUAUAUGCUCGAGAUCGAAAAGGACAUUGUGAUUGACGCGCGGCUGAAAGGCAACGUGAGUCGCUUCAUCAACCACUCGUGCGAGCCCAACGCCCGGGCCCAGAAAUGGACGUGCCAGGGCGUCGUGCGCAUCGGCAUCAUGGCGCUGCGUCCGAUCGCAGUGGACGAAGAGAUCACGUUCGACUACCAAUUUAUCCACUUUGGCGGCCGCAAGGUCCAGUGCCAUUGCGGAGCACCCGGCUGCAAGGGCGUCCUUGGCGGCAACCUCCCGGGGUCCUCUGGACACAGCUCGUCGACGCCUUCGGACGCCGAGCUCUCGCACGAAGCGGCGAGCCAAAAGCUCUCGCGACCGCAAAAGUCGACGUCCCUCAGCGUCUUCAAGAACGCGCAGCUGCACCGGGACUGGCUCGCCAAGCACGGGGCGUCCAACCAACGGGCGUCGCCGCCGCUCUUCCUCGCCCAUCGCGUACCUGACCUUGUCGACGUCGACUCGCACCACGCCACGAUCCUCGAGCACCGCCGGCCGCUCGAAGCGGCGCGGGAGGCGGCGCCCGCGACCUUGGCGCUCGCGCAGCCGCUUGGCAAAUCGUUUUUGGCCGGCGGCGUCCUCGACUACUCGGACGAGCUGCGCAAUGUGCCCGCACGCCCCGCGCCGUGUGCUACGCGCCGCCCGCCGAGCCGCGUCAACCUCCUCGAUGCCCGGUCCAAGCUCUUUGACGACAUUCGGCGGUUUGCACGGGGCACGUCGCGCUGGAACAAGCGCCUCAACAUCACCCAAAACGAUUUGGACACGGACCGUGUGCGCCGCCUCUUGGAGAACGUCGAGGAUGGCAUGAACCUCACGCGCGGCGACACGGCCGACUUGAACGAAGACUCGUGCCACCGGUGCGGCCAGACCGGCGAGCUCAUAUGCUGCGAUGGGUGCCCUGCCGCCUUUCACUUGUCAUGCGCGGGCCUCUGCAUCGUGCCACCUAGCACGUGGUUCUGCCCGCCCUGUCGCCGGCAGCACGUGCCCCACGUCUCGAACCGGCACCGCGUCCAAGUGGCGCCGUCGAUUUUCCAGCAGCAGCCGACGACGGCGCCAGCGACGGGCCCACAUAAGCGGUCGCGCCGGAAACGCAAGGCGCCGUAG